GGUUGUUUCACUUCAGGCGUAAGGCUACCCACAGGUCAAACCAUCCUGCGAUCCAUUAUAAUGGUUAUUUCGCAUUAUCUUUGUUAUAACUGACAGUUUCUGAUUCCUUUCUCUCUUUCAGAUUUAUCUCAGGCAGAAGGUGGCUGUCGAGAUCAAAAGAUGGAUAUUGCUAUUCUGGCUGACGUAUCUAAAAGUAUGUCACCUGAGGAGCGAAGCGAUCAGAUAAAACUGAUCAAUAAACUGGUGGAAAAGAAAGGCGUUUCUUUCUCAGGAAAUCAUUUUGCCUUCAUGACCUUUGCAAAGGAAGUCAUUAUUGAGAGCAACUUCAACGAUCAGUCAUACUACGAAGAAGGCAAAUUAAAAGACUUAGUUCAGGAGAAAUCAAGCGUGAUACCUAAGUUCUGGGGAACACGUAUAGAUCUCGCCAUGGAUCUUGCCGCCAAAGAGUUGUUCAGCGAACAAGGAGGAGACAGGCCUGACGCUAAGAACGUCCUAGUCAUGUUUACGGAUGGAAAACCUGUUAAAACAAAGUGGGAUGAACGACCUGAUAUACCGUUUGAAGAUUUCCUGGAGGCAUUAGAGAGUAAAGAUGUGAGCGUAAUUGUGGUAGCAGUCGGUGAAAAAUUAUUUCAAGAAAAAACAACAAUGUCCAAGAUUGCUGGCACGCCAAAGGGAGAACUCCUUCUGUACCCCAAUUUUGAUGAUCUUCCCGGACAUUUGGACGACAUCAUGAAAGCUACUUGUGAGACACUUGUACCUAAGCCGGAAGGUAAGUGUCCUAAUCAAAAGAUGGAUAUUGCAAUACUGGCCGACGUAUCAAAAAGCAUGGACAGGCGGCAGCGAAGUAAGAAGAUAGAACUGAUCAAUGAGAUAGUGGAAAAGAAAGGCGUUUCCUCAUCAGGAAAUCAUUUUGCUCUCGUCACCUUUGCAAAGGAGGUCGUUAUCGAAAGCAACUUCAACGAUCAGUCAUACUUCGAGGAAAACAAAUUGAAAGACUUAGUUCAGGAGAAAUUAAAUGUGAUACCUAAGUUCUGGGGAACACGAACAGAUCUGGCCAUGGAUCUCGUCGCGAGAGAGUUGUUUACCGAACAAGGAGGAGACAGGUCUAAUGCUGAGAACUUCAUAAUCAUGUUUACCGAUGGGAAACCUUUUAAGUCAAAAUGGGAUGAACGACCUGAUAUACCGUUUGAGGAUUCGUUAGAAGUUUUAAAGAGCAAAGGCGUGAGGAAUAUUGUCGUGGGAGUCGGUAGAGACGUCUAUAAAGAAAAAAAGGCGUUGUCAGAGAUUGCAGGCAACAAUGGAAAAGUGCUUCUGUACCCUGAGUUUGGUGACCUCUCCGAACAGUUGGGAGAUAUUCUAGAAGCUUCGUGUGUCAUUGACGGUGGAUACACUGAGUGGUCUGAAUCUGAGUGCAGCGUGUCGUGCGGUGAAGGGAAAAAGACACUAACGAGAACCUGCACCAAUCCCCCGCCAUUUAACGGUGGAAAGGACUGUAGUGAACUGGGCCCAGCUAAGAAGACAGUUAAAUGUAACGAAGGACUCUGUCGUCCUCCCUGCACAGCUGGACUUGAUAUAGGAAUUGUAAUCGACAAAUCAAAGAGUAUCAAGAUACCUAACCUGGAAAAGGUUAUAACCUUCUUGGGAGACCUUGUCAAGAAAUUCAAUCCUGCACCCAAAGCAGAUCACUUCGGCCUCAUCACGUUUAACGAGCAAGCGGAACUGGCGUUUUCCUUUGCAGAUUCAAAAUACCAUAGCAAGAAAGAUCUCUUGAGGAGAAUAGCCAAUGAGCCACUAAAACUGAACCUUCAAACUCGCACCGAUCUGGCUUUAAAAUUGGCAAAAGACAAGCUGUUUACCAAGGCAGGGGGAGACAGACCAGACAAACCAAAUGUCAUGAUUGUAUUAACAGAUGGAAGACCAACACAUCCUGACAAAAGUUUCAACUUCAAGGAAUUUGCUAAGAAACUAGCAAAAAAAUUUAAAGAAAAGGACGUUAGUACAGUGGCCGUGGGAAUUGGCAAUAACGUGCAAAAGGAAACCCUGAGGCAGAUUGCAGGUGGAGGCUCAGUGGUUGAGGUGGACGACUUCGACAAACUUAAAGGAACGAUCAAAGAAAUCAAAUCAAAAGCUUGUUCAGAAUGAAAACCCUGCUUGAGAUUCACCAAGUGGAGUUAGUCUCCAAAUAGGGUUCACCAUUAUGGGGUGCUUUCAACCAGCAGAAU